AUGAAAUAUUUCUUGAUAGCUGAAGCCUAUGAACUAUGGAUCAUAGUUAACCAAGGUCCUUUGAUUCCUACUAAACAAAAUGCACAAAAUGAAACAGUUCCCAAAGACCCCUCCGAAUUUGUGGUAGCAUAUUUCAGAAUGAUGGACAAGAAUGCAAAGGCUAUGAAAAUCCUUAUUUGUGGACUCGGUCCUGAUGAGUGCAAUAGAAUUUCUCCGUGCUCUAAUGCGAAGCAGAUAUGGAAUGCACUCCAAACUACUCAUGAAGGAACAAAUCAAAUAGAACUGCGCAAAGAAGAACCAAAGAAGGAGAAGGCCUUGGUUCUUAGAGUAUCUGAGGAAGAUGAAUCUGAAUAUGAUGAUCCCGAUCUAGCAAUGUUCGCCAAGUUCAAGAGGUUCAUGAAGAACUCCAAAAGUGCAUCCAAGAGAGAGACCAGUGGUAAGCACAAGUAG